AUGACAUCGUUUCGAAGCCUGACGGCAGAUCUACGGCCUCUACAAGAAUUCGAAGCAAGAAUUCCCAGAGUCUUUACAAAAGAGCGUGACGGGGGUAAUUCAAACAUUCCCCUGCACGUCUUUAAAUGGUCAGAGGGGACGCCAAAUGGCACUGAGAUUAGCGGCCUCAAAUCAGUCGAAGAGUUGGAAACGCAAUGCCAGGGGACGAUUCGAGUAAUUUUCGCUCCCCAGGACGUGCCGGCACCAGCUACUGGAGAUGGUCUCGUUGAAUUGUUCAAGAAGUGCAAUAUACCCAGCGCAUUUGUUGAAGAAGGACUGCAGGGAGUUUCUCAAUCAUUUGCAGCUCAUAGAGAUGUAGAUGGGACAGUUUUUGUUUGGUUUCACUUCCUCUGCAAGGAUAUCGCAGUCUCAAACAACCGAAUUGUACAUCUCAAAACCCGCGAGGAUAUGGAAAACAACGAUGACAAGAGCCGCUUAGAAGCGCAAGAACAAAGUCAAGCGAACUUCACUUGGCUGAAGCCAGGCUUCGUGCUGAAGAUGAGGGACCAGCGGGGUUCGUCACCAAUGCCAAAUCGCACAAUGACUUCGAGCAGUGACAGUACAUUGGCUGCGCCUUCGACAAAAGCACUGGUCGAACUGUUGUGUUUUGGAGCUCCAAUUACACUUCGAGAUCGAUUCCAGGAGUUGAAGACGGUUGCGACUUGCGACGACCUGUUGCAGGAUCCGUACGUAUUACUGGAAAUUGUUUUCGGGGAGAUGUAUAAAGUCAUAGAUCGGACUGGAUGGGCAGUAUCUGACAUCUUUGGAGCGAUUGAAACACAAACCCUAGGGAUGGCAAGUAAGCCUGGCAAAGCAACAAAGGAAUUGCUCAACGACCACUUUACCGGGCUACAUAACCUCGCAAAACACACCAUAUUUUUGCGAGAAAAUUGCGAGUCAGCUCUCGCCACCCUUGAUGGCCUAAAAGAACACCACAAAGGGGUCGUAGGUGACCUCUCAAGCCCCUCUCAAGAGCUGACGCGUCAAGCACUGAAGUACCGAAAGACUCUCUAUCAGUCAACGCAGCGCCGACUCACUAGUCUGGAUGCGCGCAUGGCGAACAUCAUCCAACUAUCCUUCCAUAUCGUCACUCAAGGCGAUAGUCGGCUCAUGCAAAGCGAAAAUCAGAGCAUGAAGACGAUUGCGGUCAUGACACUUCUUUUCAUGCCGCUUUCCACGGUAGCCACCAUUUUUGGAACACAGUUCAUGAAGGUGCAGGACGAAGCUCCAUUCCAUAUCACCGUGUCGCAAGACUUUUGGCUUCUCUGGCUCAUCGCAGUUCCGUUGACCGGCAUCGUUAUGAUUGUCUGGCGUGUUUGGUACAUGGACGCGAGAGGACGGUUGGUCGAUGAUAUACCCCAGGGUAAGCCCGGCUUCAUGGGGUGGAAGACGUUGAAACAAACACUGCGAAGACAGAACGAGACACAGAACGGGCAUCAUAAAGUCACGGCGCGCAAGGCGCCCGAUGUAUAG